UAAAAUAUUUAAAAAAUCAGCUUUUUAUUAUUCCAAAAAAAAAUAAAUUUAUUCUAGAUUUCUCUUCUUACCAAAUUCCGAUGGCAACGCCGGCUGUUAUAAGUCAUUCAGUAACGAUUUCUCCACACAACAGCAUACAUAAACCCAAAAUCUCAGCAAUAUAUUAUUCUACCUUUCCAUUGUCUUCCAAACAGAAGAAAACUGAAUACAAGCGAUUCUGUUUGGGAAUUAGAGCAGAAGUGAUGGCGACUGAGAAAAUGGGGAUUAAAAUCGUCCAGAAUCCUCCCGAGUCGAAGCUUCAAGAGCUCGGAGUAAGGAACUGGCCCAAGUGGGGAUGUCCUCCAAGCAAAUUCCCAUGGACUUAUGGUGCUAAGGAAACAUGCUUUCUGUUGGAGGGUAAAGUUAAGGUCUUCCCCGAUGGACACAACGAGUUCGUGGAGUUUGGGGCCGGCGACUUGGUUGAGUUUCCCAAAGGAAUGAAGUGCACUUGGGAGGUCUCUGAAGCUGUGGACAAGCACUACAAGUUUGAGUAGCUGAAGCUCUUUCUCAUGUAAGAAUGAAAUAUUUUAGCUUUUAAGGCCAUCAACUGGAUCCUGUUUCAUAUAAUGGAGAAUGUUGGUAGGUAGAUAGAACUGCCUCAACUCACCAUCUGCUAUAUGCUUAGAAUAAGAGGUUGGGUUUUUAGUGUGA